AAGAAUAAACAAUAAUAUCACUACCAUGAUUCAUUCAGUAUUAAUAUUUAAUAAUGACGGAUUGCCGCGUCUAAUGAAGUUCUAUACCCAGGUGGACAUCCCCACCCAACGACUUCUCCUUCAACAAGUCCACCAAUUGAUAUCUGUUCGAACACCACAAGAAUGUUCGUUUAUAACCCCACCAUCACUUCUUGAAGAUGUGGAGGACAUCAAAGUGAUUUAUCGUCAUUAUGCUACUCUUUACUUUGUGUUUAUUGUCGAUGAUCAAGAAUCAGAAUUGGGGAUCCUCGAUUUGAUCCAAGUGUUUGUUGAAUGUUUAGAUAAAUGUUUCACCAAUGUUUGUGAAUUGGAUUUAGUAUUUGGAUGGCAAGUUCUUCAAACUGUAUUAGAGGAAAUUGUGCAAGGUGGUAUGGUCAUUGAUACCAAUAUCAGUAGAAUAGUAGCUGCAGUUGAUGAAGCAAAUAGUCAGAAAAAUGGAGGUACCAAUGCAGGUGCAUCCAUAUUGCUGUCAUUGUCACGAGAUAGAGGAUUUUGGGGCAGAUAAUAUAUGUAUAUUACUAUUUACAGGGAAUAAUAGAACAUUUAUAAGUAG